AUGGCCAGCACAAUCACACGGACUGACGAGCGCCAGAAUGCUGGCACCAUUGAGCUCAAGGACAACACCGUCAUUGUUGUCCUAGGUGCCUCGGGUGAUCUGGCAAAGAAGAAGACUUUCCCUGCUCUCUUUGGUCUCUAUCGCAACAAAUUCCUCCCCAAGGACAUCAAGAUCGUUGGAUAUGCCCGGACAAAGAUGGACCAGGAAGAAUACCUUAAGCGUGUGCGAUCCUACAUCAAGGUCCCGACCAAGGAAAUCGAAGAGCAGCUCGACAGCUUCUGCAAGCUCUGCACCUACGUUUCCGGUCAGUACGACCAGGACGACUCUUUCAUCAACCUCAACAACCACCUCGAUGAGGUCGAGAAAGGCCAGAAGGAGCAGCACAGAGUCUUCUACAUGGCUCUGCCCCCCAGUGUUUUCAUCACCGUCUCCGAUCAACUGAAGCGCAACUGCUACCCGAAGAACGGUCUCGCCCGUAUCAUCGUUGAGAAGCCCUUCGGUAAGGACCUGCAGAGUUCGCGCGACCUCCAAAAGGCCCUUGAGCCCAACUGGAAGGAAGAGGAGAUCUUCCGUAUCGACCACUACCUGGGUAAGGAGAUGGUCAAGAACAUUCUCAUCAUGCGCUUUGGCAACGAGUUCUUCAACGCCACCUGGAACCGUCACCACAUCGACAACGUUCAGAUCACAUUCAAGGAGCCAUUUGGUACUGAGGGUCGUGGUGGUUACUUUGAUGAAUUCGGUAUCAUCCGUGAUGUUAUGCAGAACCACCUUCUGCAGGUGUUGACCUUGCUCGCUAUGGAGCGCCCCAUCUCCUUCUCCGCUGAGGAUAUCCGUGACGAGAAGGUUCGCGUCCUGCGUGCUAUGGACGCGAUUGAGCCCAAGAACGUCAUCAUCGGCCAGUACGGCAAGUCGCUUGACGGCAGCAAGCCCGCCUACAAGGAGGACGACACCGUCCCCAAGGAAUCUCGUUGCCCGACCUUCUGUGCCAUGGCCGCUUACAUCAAGAAUGAGCGGUGGGAUGGUGUUCCCUUCAUCAUGAAGGCCGGAAAGGCCCUCAACGAGCAGAAGACCGAGAUCCGUAUCCAGUUCCGUGACGUGACCUCCGGUAUCUUCAAGGACAUUCCUCGUAACGAGCUUGUCAUCCGUGUGCAGCCCAACGAGUCGAUCUACACCAAGAUGAACUCCAAGCUGCCCGGUCUCUCCAUGCAAACCGUUGUCACCGAGCUUGACCUCACCUACCGCCGCCGCUUCUCUGACCUUAAGAUUCCCGAGGCUUACGAGUCGCUGAUUCUCGACGCCCUCAAGGGUGACCACUCAAACUUUGUCCGUGACGACGAACUCGACGCCAGCUGGAGAAUCUUCACUCCUCUCCUUCAUUACCUUGACGACAACAAGGAGAUCAUCCCCAUGGAAUACCCCUACGGCUCUCGUGGCCCCGCUGUGCUCGAUGACUUCACCGCAUCGUUUGGAUACAAGUUCAGCGACGCUGCUGGGUACCAGUGGCCUAUGACCUCCGCUCCUAACCGACUGUAG